AAGAUGGGGCAUCCCUGCUGCACCAAACAGAAAGUGAAGAAAGGCUUAUGGUCUCCUGAAGAAGAUGACAAGUUAAUCAAAUUCAUAACCACACAAGGCCAUGGCCCUUGGAGUUCUGUUCCAAAGCUAGCAGGAUUACAAAGGUGUGGGAAGAGCUGCAGAUUGAGAUGGAUAAACUACUUGAGGCCAGAUCUGAAGAGGGGUUCAUUCAGUGAAGAAGAAGAGAAGACAAUCAUUGAUGUUCACAGAAUUGUAGGCAACAAAUGGGCUCAAAUAGCCAAACACUUGCCUGGCAGAACAGACAAUGAAGUCAAGAACUUUUGGAACUCUUGUGUUAAGAAGAAACUUAUCUCACAAGGGUUAGAUCCCAAAACUCACAAUCUCCUCUCCCUCAAUAAUAACAUUAAUACUAAAACUAGUAGUAGUCCAUGCAAUUAUAAUAUCUCAAUCUAUUCCUUUCUAAAUAACUCUCAAAUGAAAUACUAUCCUCCUAUGAGCAUCAAACCUCCUCUUAAUCAUUCUAGUUUCAAUCAAGACCAUAUUAAUGUUCUUGAGAGUAGUGAUUAUACCCAAUUACAACAAAACCCACAAGCUAAUUUGCUUCAUCCAUCUGGGUUUGGGAGUUUCAUAGAUGAUAGCUGCAUUUGGACUGGUGGCUUAUUUGAUGGAGAUGUGGAGAAAAAACAAGAACAAGAGAAGGCAGCUUGUGAAGUACUAGAAAUGAAGAAGAAGGCCAAUAGUGUUGAUGAUCAUCAGUUGAGCAUUACUAGUGCUGGAGUUGAAUGUUCAAGUGGUACUACUUUUGGUUUUGGUUUUGAUUUUGAAAUGUGUGAUAUUGAAAAUGAUCCCAUUGAUCAUCAGCUUGCAUGGGAUGGUAAUUACAAUUAUUAUAUUUAGUUUUAUGCAUGUAUAUAUUCCCCAUGUAUUAUUGUAAUAAUUAGAAAUAUAUUUUCAUGCUUGAAAUAAUGAAAUUGGAGUUUUUUAGA